AUGCCCCCAGCCCCGAUCCGCACAUGCGCGAAGUGCGCAGAGAAGGAAGCUGAUAAUCAAGCUCUCCUUCGUGAGCGCUCUGAAAAGAAUGAAGAAAUCGCGGGAUGGGAAAAGCGCUGGAAAAAUGACUCUGUAUCCAUGGAGAACCAGCAGGAGCUCGCCUCUGUUCGCUUACGCCUGCGUGAUGCGAUCAAAGGCAAAAACAAAGCCAUUAUUGAGAAGAAUGCCUUGAAAGAGGAGAAAAAAGAACUAGA